AUGCUCACCAAGUUUGAGUCGAAAUCUUCCCGGGCGAAGGGAAUUGCCUUCCAUCCCAAGCGCCCAUGGAUCCUCGUCUCCCUCCAUUCGUCGACGAUCCAGCUGUGGGAUUAUCGCAUGGGAACCCUCAUUGAUCGUUUCGAAGAGCACGACGGCCCCGUUCGAGGAAUUGAUUUCCACCCAACACAGCCCCUCUUCGUCUCCGGCGGUGACGAUUACAAGAUUAAGGUCUGGAGCACUCAGACGCGGAGAUGUCUGUUCACACUCAAUGGCCAUCUGGACUACGUCCGCACCGUCUUCUUCCACCAUGAGCUCCCCUGGAUUCUCUCUGCCUCCGAUGAUCAGACCAUCCGAAUCUGGAACUGGCAGAACCGGUCACUGAUCUGCACGAUGACCGGCCACAACCACUAUGUAAUGUGCGCGCAGUUCCAUCCUACCGAAGACCUUAUCGCCUCGGCCUCGCUGGAUCAAUCCGUUCGCAUUUGGGACAUCUCCGGCCUGCGGAAGAAGCAUUCGGCCCCGACCACCAUGUCGUUCGAGGAUCAGAUGGCCCGGGCCAACCCCAACCAGGCCGACAUGUUCGGAAAUACGGAUGCAGUCGUGAAGUUUGUCUUGGAGGGCCAUGAUCGCGGUGUCAACUGGGUGUCGUUCCACCCCACUCUACCCCUGAUUGUGUCCGCCGGUGACGAUCGUCUCAUCAAGUUGUGGCGCAUGAGCGACACUAAGGCAUGGGAGGUUGAUACCUGCCGUGGCCACUUCCAGAACGCAUCGGCCUGCCUCUUCCACCCCCACCAAGAUCUCAUCCUCUCCGUCGGCGAAGACAAGACUAUCCGAGUCUGGGAUUUGAAUAAGCGUACCUCCGUCCAGUCUUUCAAGCGGGAUUUGGACCGGUUCUGGGUCAUUGCUGCCCAUCCGGAGAUCAACCUGUUCGCCGCAGGUCAUGACACUGGUGUGAUGGUGUUCAAGCUGGAGCGUGAGCGCCCCGCAUCGGCCGUAUACCAGAACCAGCUCUUCUACAUCACGAAAGAAAAGCACGUGAAGUCGUACGACUUCGCAAAGAACGUUGAAUCCCCACCGAUGCUCUCCUUGCGCAAGCUCGGAUCCCCUUGGGUGCCACCCCGGACGGUGUCUUACAACCCUGCUGAACGCGCCAUUCUCGUCACUUCGCCCACUGAUGGUGGUAUCUAUGAGUUGAUUCAUCUCCCGAGAGAUGCUACUGGUGCGGUCGAGCCGACGGAUAGCAAGCGCGGUCAGGCCUCUUCUGCCGUCUUUGUUGCGCGCAACCGAUUCGCGGUGUUCAGCCAAACGAACCAGCAGGUCGACAUCAAGGACCUGAGCAACUCCACUACCAAGACUAUCAAGGCUCCUGUUGGCACAACAGACAUCUAUUUCGGUGGUACCGGCUGUCUGCUCUUUAUCACUCCUACUUCCGUUGUCCUCUUCGAUAUCCAACAGAAGAAGCAGCUGGCUGAAUUGGCCGUGAGCGGCGUCAAGUACGUCGUCUGGUCGAACGACGGUCUGUACGCGGCGUUGCUGAGCAAGCACAAUGUCACCAUUGUCACCAAGACGCUUGAGCAAGUCAGCAGCCUACACGAGACCAUUCGCAUCAAGAGUGCCGCCUGGGAUGACGCUGGCGUGCUUCUCUAUUCUACUUUGAACCACGUCAAGUACUCCCUCCUCAACGGUGACAAUGGCAUCAUUCGCACUCUCGACCAGACCGUUUACUUGGUUAAGGUGAAGGGCCGGAAUGUCUACUGCCUCGACCGCAAUGCCAAGCCCAGAGUCUUGGAGAUCGAUCCCACUGAAUACCGCUUCAAGCUCGCCUUGGUGAAGCGGAAUUACGAUGAAAUGCUGCAGAUCAUCAAGACCUCCAGCCUGGUCGGUCAAAGCAUCAUCUCUUAUCUCCAGAAGAAGGGUUAUCCAGAGAUUGCACUGCAAUUUGUGCAGGACCCUCAGACCCGUUUCGAGCUUGCUUUGGAGUGCGGUAACCUUGAUGUCGCCAUCGAGAUGGCCAGAGAAAUUGAUCGCCCCACGCUGUGGAGCAGACUCGGCACGGAGGCUCUGGCCCACGGUAACCAUCAAACCGUAGAGAUGGCCUACCAGAAACAGAGAAACUUCGAUAAGCUAUCUUUCCUCUACCUCUCCACUGGUGAUCAGGAGAAAUUGGCCCGGAUGGCUAAAAUUGCUGAGCACCGUGGUGAUUUCACCUCCCGCUUCCAAAAUGCCAUCUACCGCGGUGACAUUGAAGACCGUAUCCAGAUGUUCAAGGAGGCCGAUCUUUACCCGCUCGCGUAUCUCACUGCCAAGGCCCAUGGCCUGACUGAAGAAGUCGAGUCCAUCUUGGAAGCCACCGGCCUGACCGAAGACCAGAUUACGCUGCCGACAAUCGAGGAACCCGCCAAGGUGCCCCAACCUUUUGUCCAGACAUUCAAGUCCAACUGGCCCGUCAAGGCGGCUGGUCACUCGUCGUUCGAGAAAGCUCUCCUCGGUGAAGUCGGUGCAGGUGACGAAGAAGCCGCCGAAAUGGACUUCGAGGUCGAGGGAGAGGAUGAGGCUGUGGCCGCCCGCGACACCCUCGAAGAUGAGGAGGAAGAUGUUGACGGAUGGGACAUGGGUGAAGAAAUCGCUGUCGAAGAGGACGCCGAGUUCGUUAAUGUCGAAAGCGCAGAGGCUGGGGCAGGCAGCACUGAGGCCGACCUUUGGGCGCGUAACUCCCCUCUGGCCGCGGACCACGUCGCCGCUGGUUCGUUUGACUCUGCCAUGCAGCUCCUGAACCGCCAAGUCGGCGCCGUGAACUUCACCCCCCUCAAGCCCCGAUUCCUCGAAGUGUACAAGGCUUCCAAGACCUACCUCCCUGCCACUCCUGGCCUUCCUCCCUUGGUGAACUACGUUCGUCGGACCGUUGACGAGACGGAUACCCGCAAGGUUCUGCCCAUUAUCCCACGGGAUCUCGAGACGAUUGCCAAUGUCGAUCUGCAAGAAGGCUAUGCGGCCAUGCGCGCCAACAAGCUUGAAGAGGGUGUGAAGAUCUUCCGCGGUAUCCUGCACUCUGUCCUGAUCAACACCGUGUCCUCUGAGGCGGAGGUCGAACAAGCCAAGAAGGUCCUCGCGACCGCCCGCGAGUACGUUUUGGCCAUGUCGAUUGAGCUGGAGCGGCGUCGCAUUGCCCAAGAGGAGCCGGACAAUGUCAAGAGAAACCUGGAGCUCUCCGCCUACUUCACCAUGCCUAAGUUGGAAGUUGCCCACCGGCAACUUGCUCUGAUGGCUGCGAUGAAGUUGGCAUUCACCCACAAGAACUACUCGUCCGCCCUCAGCUUCGCCAACCGCAUGUUGGCCAACGGGGGCUCCGCUAAGCUUCUCGACCAGGCUCGGAAGAUCAAGGCUCAGUGCGAACGCAACCCACAAGACAAGGUUGAAAUCGAGUUCGACCAAUUCGCCGAAUUCGACAUCUGCGCGGCAUCCUACACGCCGAUCUACACCGGCUCGCCCAGUGUGUCGGACCCCUUCACCGGAGCCAAAUACCAUGAACAGUACAAGGGCACCGUGUGUCGGAUAUCCGAGGUGACCGAGAUCGGUGCGCCAGCCAGCGGACUGCGGCUGUUUGUGCCGAACCAGUAUUGA